ACAAGAAGCGUUUCUCUGAAGUGAUGUUCCCUGAACAGUCUCUGGCGUUUUGAAUGUGAUCAUAAAUUACACACUCUGUUGACUGACUUCUCAGCCUAUGCAAGACUUUGCCUUUUCCAAAUGUUCAAUUUCAUCAAGGAACACAUUCAACUUCCAAAGAUGAAGCCAGGUUUCUUACGAAACAAGGGCUCUCAGAACUCUGAGACCCGACCAAUCCUGAGCUCUCCUCCCUCUAGGAGCUGGGAGACCACGUUUGUACCUGCCGAUAUCGGCCCCUCGGGGCCCUCCAGGGGCUCCAUCAAGGUUCCCAACGGUUACUCCAGUGGCGAAGGAGAAACUCGUAAUGGGUCUGACGCAAUAGAGAUAGAGAGCGAGGGAAACUUUACAGUGGAGGAGCGCGAAGUAUGGAACAACAAGGCAGAGUUCCUCUUGUCCCUCAUUGGCUUCGCCGUUGGGCUCACCAACAUUUGGCGCUUUCCGUACCUAGCACAGAAAAAUGGAGGAGGUGAGUACACUCCCAUUAACUCCGGGGAAAAACAACGUUAGCAUCUCAUUAUGAGAUAAUUGCCUCAGGCAACAGUCAGUUAUUGUCUGACUCUAAAACAGUUAUUUCUACUAUGGAAAUGUUCUUUUGUUUAGAAACGUUUUGAGUCAAAGGGAGAUGAAUGAGUUUUGUUACCUCAAGUGAAAACAAAAAUAAAGCCUACCUUACUCUAAAGCGGCUAUUCUUUUUUAUAUGGAAUUUUUCUUUUUUUUUUUUGAAGCGUUUUGAGU